AUGGCCAGCCCUUACCAGCGUGAGCUGGACGUUGCUAUGGCGGCCGUUCGUGUGGCGGCGCGCAUGAGUGAACAUGUUAUCGGCAACAAGGACAAGGGUGUGAUCCAAAAGGACGACCUCAGCCCUGUGACUGUGGCCGACUUUGCCAUCCAGGCGUUUCUGGCAUCCACUAUCAAGACGGCGUUCCCCGGCGACCGCGUCGUGGGUGAGGAGGAUGCCUCGCAGAUGCGCACCGACCUGUUACUUCUCGAGGGUGUUUACAGCAUUCUCCGAUGGGCGGCUGGCCACGGAGACUCGGAUGAGGCCACGGCUGCCCGUGAGGCAUUUCCUGGGGACUGCCGCAUCCCUGAAGGCCGGGAGAAUAUAUGCGACAUCAUUGAUGAGUGCGGUUCAACUAAACCGGCUGCUACUGGCAGGACCUGGGUCUUUGAUCCCAUUGACGGAACAAAGACUUUUGUUGAGGGUGGUCUCUAUGCCAUCAAUGUUGCCUUGCUCGUCGAUGGCAAGCAAACUCUGAGCGUCGUUGGUUGCCCUAAUCUGUCAGUCGACGCCAAGGCUCCUCUAGGAAAUUCGGACGUCUCACCCUCGGGAUCAAUUUACUCGGCAAUCAAGGGCCACGGUGCCCGAGUCCAGCCCCUUGAUGGCAGCUCUGAGCCCCGAACGCUCAAAAUCCAACCCGACGGUCUCGGUCUCUCCGACACUCGAUUCGUCUCUUGCACUACGCUCACUGAUUCUGCCCUCGAUGGUAUCCACGACGCUGUGGCCCGACGCAUCGACGUUCCCUUCCCCACCUGUGACUUGCUCCCCUGGGUCGUCCGGUGGGUUGCCGUUGCCGCGGGCCUAGGUAACACAAUCGUGUGGGUUUACAAGCGCAGGGAUCGGCUGGGGAAGAUAUGGGAUCACGCUGGCGCCAUGCUGCUGUUUGAGGAGACGGGUGGUCACAUCACGGAUGUCCUCGGGAAACCUAUUGAUCUAGUGGCGGGCCGUAAGAUGGUUGAGAACUACGGCUUUGUCGCCGCACCCCAGGGGCUUCACAAAAAGGUUCUCCAGACAGUCCAGGAUGUCCUAAAAGAGCAGGGUCACGAGGCGCUUCUUGCCUGA